UGAGGCUGCACCUGUUCCGGUCCUUAAACGGAGAUUCCAGUCUGAUCUGAUGCUACAAAAUUUGGACAUGUUUCAGAGACUGAUACAAUUAAUUGACUCCUACGGUAACUACAAGUGAUGAAAAUUCUUUAUUCGAGUCUGAUCUGAUGCUUUACUUGAACGAGAGCUCUUCGACUCCAGUUGUUUGAUCAUUCAUUGAAACCGCCGUAUUUUACAUACUUAUGACCUAAAAUGUUUAAAGACUUGGGGACAUAUAAAGAAGGCCCCUCUGCAAAUGCAGGGUUGAAAGUUGAAAUUUCUCCAACACACUAUUGCAUUUGAGGUUCCUGAAAACUUGUACAAUGGAGGAACUUUUGAAGAACCACAUGUUUGCAACUCAUGCCAUUGCUGCAGCUGGUUCGGUAACGUUAGGGACUGCUCUCACUCAUCCACUCGAUACUCUCAAAACUCUAGUUCAGGUUGGUACAGGACCUGGUAAACAGUUGGUUGUAGCUCAAGCACUGGAUAGAUUUCGAUCAGUGUCAGGGAAUUUAGGUUUAUAUAGUGGUUUGCAAUGGUCAACAUUGGGGAGGAUUUCAGGGUUGGGAGCUCGUUUUGGAUCCUAUGAACUUCUGACAGCUUUUUAUAAAGAUGGACGAGAAGAAAAUUAUGUAAAUGUCUCUGAGGCCCUUUUGGCAGGCAUUGCAGCUGGAGCCUUGGAAGCUCUUAUUAGCACUCCAUUUGAACUUUUUAAACUUCGUUCACAGGUGACUGCAGCUUCUCGCUUUCCAACCUCUAGGUUUGUCUCAGAAAAGCAAGUCACUUCUCCAAUGGCAGCAAAAUUAAUUCGUGGAUAUACUCCUGACAAAAGGGCGUGGGACCAAACUGUUGGUCUUUUGUCCACCAUAUCCACCAAACCUUCCCAUAUGGUUGGUGCCCUGAAAGAGUAUCCCUGGAUGCUGACCGGAUCUGGAAGACCACCGCCUGUUUAUGAUGUCCAAAGGCCUUUAGAUAUCAUUUCCCUGGAAGGAUGGGGUGCCUUGUGGAGAGGUCUCAGAUCAGGAGUUGUCCGGAAUUGCAUCUUUGGUGGUGUAUUCUUUUCUAGUUGGCAAUUUUUACAUAUAGCAAUGCUUGACAGGAAGGCAAUUGAAAUGGAUCCUCCACCCAGGUCCAUUGAAGAAAUUGGCCCCGUCUCCCCUUUAACUGCUAGUGUUGCAGCUGGAAUUUCUGGUUCAAUGGCUGCAGCUACUUCUCACUGUUUUGACACUGCAACAAGUCGAUCACAGUGUAUUGUGAUACCCAAGUAUGUUUCCAUGGAGAGGAAAUUUCUGAGGUGGAGACAGCCAGGGUAUUGGAUUGAGAGGGUUUCAGGAAUCCACCCUGCAGAUAGGAGCCUCCUGUUUCGUGGGAUAUGGUUGCGGAUGGCCUGCAGUGGGUUUGCAUCCUUUAUAAUUGUAGGAAGCUAUUUUUUGGCUGUUGAUCAUCUUGUUACGAGGUGAAUGAAUUACUGAACCCAUAUGGCCGCAUGUUUCAGCAGCAGCAAUAGAAGUUGGAUGCUUUUCACAGAUCCAAAAUUUCGUAGGAUUUGGUUGCGGAUGGCCCGCAGUGGGUUUGCGUCCUUUAUAAUUGUAGGAAGCUAUUUUUUGGCUGUUGAUCAUCUUGUUACGAGGUGAAUGAAUUACUGAACCCCUAUGGCCACAUGUUUCAGCAGCAGCAAUAGAAGUUGGAUGCUUUUCACAGAUCCAAAAUUUCAGAUAGGAGUCUCUUACCUAUGGACUGAAGCACAUUGAUCAACAUUAUAAAUUGUGGAAGAGAAAUGCUACGAAUGAAACAUUGUUUUCAUUUUGUGGAUCAUGUACCAUACGCCACUCAGAAAAUGAAACAUUGUUUUCAUUUUCUGAAUAUUUGAACCUAAAGUAUGACAGCAUUACAGAAAAAAGCCAUUAGAGUCAA